CAGACCAGGGCCGAGCAACAGAGAGGAGGCCGGAGCUCAGCAACUAAACCACAACCCUGCAAUGGUUCACCGUCCUUGGAUGAUAACAUAUCGAAAUGGGAGUUCAUUGGCCCCAGUGACUGAUUGCGAAAUGCGUCAAAUGAAACUUGGGUAGCAAAUAUAAACCCUAACUCAGCAAAACCACAAUCCUCAGGCAAGAGAACUGUGCUCAACAUGACAACAACUUUCCAGCAAUUGACUACAGUACCUGGUGUGGAGCUCGAGCCACCUCCUCCAACUCUGGAAGAGGCAUUUCAAACCCUUCUCACACCAGAGGCCACGCAGUUCCUCGCAGACCUGGUCUCUACUUUUGAUGCAGAUAUUGAUGAGAUAUUAAGGUUGAGAAUUGCUAGAAAGGUGGAGCUGGAUAGUCAUGGUGGUCUCCCAGAGUUUUUGCCCCAUACCUCACACAUCCGAGAGGAUCAAUCCUGGAAAGUACAGCCGGUUCCCCGGAGAUUGCAGAAGAGACAUGUGGAUCUGGGCGAUGUGUCUCCAACCAACACUGAACAUUUCAUCAAAGCUUUGAGAUCUACGGCUCAGGGUAUUCAGACUGAUUUUGAUGACGGACACUGUCCAACUUACUUUAAUCAAAUCCAAGGGCUCUUCAAUAUUUACAAGGCAGUUCAUAACCAGUUUCCAGAUGUGCCACCUAUUUCAAAGGCACCUAUUUUAAUGCUAAGACCGAGAGCAUGGAACAUGGUCGAACACAAUAUGCUGGUAAACGGAAAGGAGGUGCCAGGACCACUGUUUGACUUUGGAUUGUUAAUGUACCACAAUGGACGCAUUUUGUUUGAGAAGGAAAGCGGCCCUUUCUUUUAUCUCUCAAAGGUUGAGAGCUAUUUGGAGGCCAGACUCUGGAAUCAAAUAUUUAUCUGGGUGCAAAAGAAGUUGGGUUUACCGAUUGGCUCUAUCAAAGCCACGGUCCUGAUAGAGAGCAUCCUGGCCACGUUUGAGAUGGAAGAGAUUCUGUACGAGCUGCAAGACCAUUCUGCUGGCUUGAACUGUGGUAUCUGGGAUUACUCCGCCUCCUUUGUGAACAAAUUUGGCCAUCGCCAGGGGUUCCUCCUGCCGGAUCGCAGUAAAUACGUGAACAUGGAGAAGCUGUUUUUGAAGAGUUACAUGGAUCUCCUGGUGAGGACCUGCCAUAAGCGAGGGGCCCUGGCCACUGGAGGAAUGGCAGCCCUGUUACUGCCCCGGGAGAAGGGAAGCGCCGAAUACCAGAGAGUCACAAAGGCUGUUACAUACUUGAAGCUGCUUGAAAUCAAUGCUGGAGUGGAUGGAUUCAUGGUGUUCGAUCUGGACCUGAUUGAACCAAUGCAGAAGCUCUUUAAGGAACGUACUGUAGGCCCCAAUCAGCUACACAUCCUAAGAGAGGAACUGGCUGUGACUGCAAAGGACCUGCUUUCUAUGCCUUCUGGAGGGGUUACUCUGUACGGACUGAAGUAUAACAUUGGAGUGGGUGUUCUCUUCAUCGAGGCUUGGCUAAGAGGUCAAGGUCACUUUUUCUUUCGGGGUCAGGUGGAAGAUUCAGCGACUGCAGAGAUUUCCCGAUCACAGGUUUGGCAAUGGAUUCGACAUGGGACAAAAUUAGAAGACGAUGACCGUAAAGUUACAAGGAGCCUUGUUCAAACUCUCUUAAAGGAACUCGAGACUGAACUGCAAGAGGUUUUGCAGUGUUCCACUGACAGGAGCAAACACCGACUGGCCGUUGCUUCUCAAAUGUUCCUUGAAAUUGUGCAAAAGCGAGAAUUUCCAGAAUUCCUUACCACGUAUCUAAAUUUGGAACAUAGCUUUCUAAGUGCCAAUCACUGAAUGUUCCUUGGAACUAGAAUAUGGAUACAUCAGCCAUCGUACUAAAAUGUAUGUCCCCAUAGCAUUAUGUGAAUGAUUUUUCUUUCCUCCAUCAAGUAUGAUUUUCAGAAUAGAGAACUGUAUUGCAAGAUUAAAUUGUAAUGCACAUUUGGUAAAACAAAUUUAAUGUAGAUGAGAAUAGGAAGUGUUUGAAUGCGAGUUAUGAAGCACUUUAAAUGGUUUGAGUUACCAAAGUUUUUCAACAAUCAAACCGUAACCAUUAUUAUUAUAAUCUCCACUUAAUUUGCAAAAUAAAAUGUGGAAAAAAAAGUAGCCAGUUUGUAAGAAAACAAUUAAUCAAGUACAUGGAGAGUGGAUUGUGGGAAUAUAUUUGACAAAACGACACAAAUGCUACCAGUUUAUUGGAUGCUGAAUACAACCAGUGAGGCUAAAAUGGAACUAACCACAUAACACAAGUGCAAAAGAUUCACAUUUCCACACUUUGCACAAGUAUCCCGUGUGCUAUCCCAUAUGUUGAAGACAUGAAAAAAUACCCUCCACGCAUACACGGCUCAGUGCUGAAAUGAUCAAGACCAAAUGCUGGUGGAGGUCAUGUUCAAACUGAUAUGGACCCACUGAAACCCCUAUUUUGUGAACUAAUGAGGAAUUGCAUCAUUUAUGCCAGUGGUGGCCAACCAUUUUUGUUGGCCAACAAAAUAAUCAUAGAAAUAACAAAAUAGCAGAUUGAUGAGAUGAAUCAAGAAUUAUUCUUGAUUUAAUAUGUCUUGAUUAUGGCAUACAUCUAUGUUAUUUUGUUAUUUCUAUGAUUAUUUUGUUAGUCAACCAAAGAUGUUGGCCACUACUGAUUUUUGCCAACCUUGGAAUCUGUGACUUCCCAUUGCCUACAGGCCUGCAGUCUGUAUUUUGAGAUGAUCACAUCACACAGAAAGCACACAAAACCCCUGCAACAUUAACCAAGGGCGUUCCGCAGCCUUCCUUUCCGUUCGUGUAGUUAAUCAAGUCAAAGGCAAAAGGAGGACUGUAGCAGUUUUAAUUGAAAGAUUUAACAUCUUUGAAAAGCAAGUUUCUAAAAAGAAACAAUUGGAUGGCAUUAACCUGCAUACAUGCUAAUAAAACUACCAUGUUAUUCUUGUAAA